AUGAGUGUGAUAACUUGGAAUGUGAGGGGGCUGAAUAAGACUUAUAAGCAAAAGGAGAUAAAGGAGUUUAUAAGAGGGAACAAUAAAGCAAUAAUAACUUUAGUAGAACAUAGAGUAAAAGAUCAAAAAGAGAAUGCAGUGAUCAAGAAGAUAGCACCUGGUUGGGAAUGGGUAUCCAAUUCAAGUGUAAACUAUAAAAGAAGAAUCUGGAUCAUGUGGGAUCCCAGAAUAUACACAUUUGAGCCAGUGGAAAUAGAGGAGCAACUGAUACAUGGUCAAGUCAAAGUUAUUGCAAAAGCUGUUAUAUUUGGUUUUUCAGCAGUAUAUGGAUUACAUACUGUGAAAGAUAGAUUGAAGCUAUGGGACAAGAUGAGGCAAAUCCACAACAUACAACAAGGACCUUGGAUAGCUAUGGGAGACUAUAAUGUUGCAGUACAUCCACAAGAUAGACUAUGUGGUACAGAGGUCCAAGAUAUGGAAACAAAAGAUUUUAAGGAGUAUAUGAGGGAUACAGGGAUGAAUGAGUUGCAGUAUAUACUGGAACCAAUGGUAUCUGAUCAUUCACCACUAAAAUUAGUAAUAUAUCAGGCACAAGGAAAGAAGAACAGACCAUUUAAGUUCUUUAACUGUAUUACUGAACAUCCUCAGUUCAUGAAACACAUAGAAGAAGCUUGGAAGGAUGGAAGCACAAAUGGUAGAAUGCAGAAAGUAUGGAACAAUCUCAAAGGGGUAAAGGAGGCCAUCAAGAACCUAAACACUCAACAUUACAAAGGGGUUGAUGACAAGAUAAAAGAUUUAAGGAGGGAAUUGCAAGGAAUACAUGAGGAAAUGAGUUCAAAGCUGCAGAAUAAGGAGUUGAUUGACAAAGAAAAAGAACUGAAGGGUGAAUUAGAAAAAUUAGAAGAAAGCAUAUACAGACAAAAGUCAAGAGUGCACUAG